CCACAAAUCUUAUUUAUAACACCCCAACAUGAGUAGCAGUAGCAGCAAUAGUCACAGCAACAGCAGCAAUAGUAAUAGCAACAGCAAUAACAAUUCAGUACAUCAGCAUCUGCAUUCGCCCAGUAAACUAACCGAAUUCGCGCGUAAUUUCGAAGAUAAACCAGAUUCGCUAUUUGGUCGAGUGGUUAAUAAAAUCCAAAAUGUUUAUAAUCAAAGCUAUAACACAGUCAACGAUAUAUCCAGCGGCACGAGCAGCAGCGUCCAAGUGGGCAAAUCCAGGUUCUACGACGAACGCAAAUCAUCGAACAUCGACAAAGGCACUUCACACUUGGACAGCGACAACACACAGAACAGCUCGUCAAGUAGUUUGAAUGCAGUUCGACCGCAGCCCCCAACAACGCUGAAGUUGCGUAAAAGCAGCGAAAGCCAGAGCAGUAGCACGACAACAACAAUGGACGAGACAGCCGAAGCCAACGAGCGUGUCGACCAGCUGCCCGGUGAAGCGAAUCAGGUUCGCACCGUUUCCAACGUAGUCAAACACAUUAGCAAUAUUGUUGCUUCGAAGAAUAAUAAUGAUUUACGCAACUAUAAGAAAACGGAGCUGCAGAAGCUGUGGAUGCCCGACUCCAAGGCCAAGGAAUGCUAUGAUUGUGCACAAAAGUUCACCACAUUUCGUCGCAAACACCACUGUCGGCUUUGCGGGCAGAUCUUCUGCUCCAAGUGCUGCAAUCAGGUGGUACCAGGCAGUAUUAUACGCUGCGAGGGUGAUUUGAAGGUGUGCAAUUACUGUUCCAAGAUUGUGCUCACCUCUCUGAAGUCCUCCAGCACGAACAUGGAUGAGAAUAUGCAGGCAUUGCAGCAGCAUUUGAGCAACAAGCUCGAGGUGCAGGAUAAUGCGCCCAGCACUCUAUCUGCCCAGAAGCAGCGCGUGCAGCUGUCCAGAAAGACCUCGCUGGGCUAUCAGGAGGAGCGUUUCAGUUCGCAGGCGAACUAUACCAUGUUGUCCAUGGAUGAUCGAAAGUACAUACUGCAGCAGUCCAAUUCACUGAUCACCCUGCACGAGGAGAUGCAGCGCGAGUUGCCAGUCCAGAACUGUGGCCAGCUGCUCAUCGAGUUUCUCAAUACGAACAACAAGUCGGCCAACGAGGUGCAGGCUGUGGCCAUACUGAAUGCCAUGCUGGCGGCUGGCUUCCUCGAGCCAAUCGUGCCCGAUGCCGAGCAGACGGAGUUCGAUGCCACAUUGCACUACAGAUUUGCGGAGUUGCCGCGUCCAGGCGCGAACAUGGCUCCUGUUUUAGACACAGGCAACGAAGGCCCCAAUCCCAUAAGUCCACAAUUUGAUAGCAGUGUGGAACCGCAGCCGCCCAAAUCCAUGGAUGUCUCCUUGAGCUUUCAAUCCGCCCACGAUCUGGAAAUGGAGAACGAUAUGUGCGCGACAGCAGUAUCGACCAAACUGCUGGAAUCCUACUGCAACCACGAGGAGCAGCUACUGGAUCAGCUGUUGCGCGCCCAUCAACUGGAUGCCGAGUGGGGAAAGGUGCUGCAAACGCUCUGCUCGACGGCUGCGAAUCAUUUCAAGCCCGAGUACUGCACCAACGAUCUCAUGGACAUACGUAACUAUGUCAACUUUAAGAAGGUGCCCGGUGGCAGACGCAAGGAUUCAGAGAUUGUGCAUGGCGUGGCAUUCUCUAAGAAUGUCGCCCACAAGGAUAUGGCCACGCGUGUCGAGUUUCCACGCAUCCUGCUGCUCCAGUGCCCCAUUGUCUACGAGCGCAUUGAGGGCAAAUUCGUGACCAUUGAGACGGUGCUGCUGCAGGAGAAGGAAUACCUACAUAAUGUCUGCAAACGCAUCAUGAAGUUCGAGCCGAACGUGGUGCUGGUCCACAAGAAUGUGGCUGGCAUCGCGCAAGACUUUCUGCGCACCCAAGGCGUCACCUUGGUGCUCGACGUGAAGCUCUCCGUGAUGGAGCGGCUAGCGCGCACGCUCCAAUGCGACAUAGUCAGCUCCAUUGAGUCGAACAUUACCAUGCCCAAGCUGGGCUACUGCAACAGCUUCCACAUCCGCAACUAUGCCUGCGGCAAGACCCUAAUGUUCUUCGAGAAUCUGAACAGUCCGCGUGGCUACACCUGCCUGCUGCGCGGUGGCAACAAUGCGGAGCUGACGCGCGUCAAGAAAGUGGCCUCGGCGCUGCUCUUUGCGCGCUACAAUUGGCGACUCGAGAUGUCGUUCCUGCUGGACGAGUUUGCGCAGCCGCUCGCACCGAAGCCAUCGAUAUUCGACUCCAAGGAAUCCAGUCCAAACGCAGAGAACGCUGCCGAGGAGCAGCUGGAGGCGGAGCCGCAGUUGCGCUCUGUCGUCAAGCGGCCAUUGGCCGAACGCAAAUCGGACGAGAAAUUUACGGCCGCCGUCAGUGAGAAUGUGGCCGACUUCACGGAUCCGCUGCGCUCCUCGCAGAUCGAGUCGGUGUCCAGCUCUGCGUCCAACAUCAAUGUGCAGGCACUGGAGGUGGAGAUGCGCUACGACAAUCGCUUCCGCAAUGCACUCAGCUCCACUGUGUUGUCCGUCAGUCCGUUUCUGACGUUCCCGCUGCCGUAUCUGGAGACAGAGCAAGGGCGCAAAUGUAAACUACGCAAACUGUUCCCGGCCGAGCUGUAUUUCUCCAAGCAAUGGUCCAAGUCAACUAGCGCUGUCGAGCGUCCCGAUAGCCUCGAAACGGAUCCACUGAAAUCCAAUGCCGAACCGGGCAACAAGGAGAAUGAGCAGCAGCUGCUGCCCGCGCACGAUUUUGUCAAAAUGAAGAUCACAACGCCGGUGACAAGUCGGGAAAUACAGACGCUUCUGGCUGAGUUUCGCUCCUUUGGCGGUCGCUUUCCCAAAGGCAAGGCCUCGAUGCUCAAAAAGAAGAAGAAGAUGGGCGAGGUUAUACAGCGUCCGCAAAAGGUCACCGAUGAGCAGCUGUACAAGGACGCACUCGAUCCACAGAAUCAUCAGCGUUUGCCGGUGCUCUUCUGCAGCUUUCACAAUAAUCCGAAGGGCGUAUCGUCCUUCUGCAAGCUGCCCAUGCUGCUGGAUAUGAAAUUCUAUGGCCAGCAUGACAUCAUGCUGGAGCAGUUCCUGCAACGGUACUGUUGCCUCUUCAACUCAAUGUGCCCGUCGUGCAAUCUGCCCAUGCUCGGUCAUGUACGUCGCUAUGUUCAUUCGCUGGGCUGUGUGCAUGUCUAUCUCACCGAUGAUUUAACGCGAUCCGAUCCCAAGCGCAUCUACUUCACCUCCUGGUGCAGCAAAUGUAACGCAACGACGCCUGCUGUGCCGCUUUCGGAUGCAGCCAAGCGGCUCUCCCUGGCAAAGUAUCUGGAGCUGCGCUUCCACGGCCACGCCUACGUGCGACGUCCGCUCACAGAGCCGGGCAGUGGAGCCACUGAGCAGAGCAGUCCCUGCGAGCAUUCGCUGCACCGGGACUAUGUGCAUCACUUCAGCUUCCGUGGCGUUGGCGCCAAGUUUCAGUACACCCCUGUCGAGGUAUGGGAGACGGAGCUGCCCUCACUGACGCUGCAAUUGGAGUUGCCCAAGCCAUUCAUUGGCGUCCAAGUGCAGGAGGAGAUCAAGAGCUUCUCGAUACGUGGCCACGAGGUAUAUACGCGCAUACACGAGCGUAUUGCCGACCUGGCCUCCGAGGAGGAGAACUCACCGUUGGUCUCCACGCUGAAGGCCACACUCACCAAGGAUCAGUUCAUAUUCAAGCAAAAGGUGGAGAUAGUGCAUACGCUCCUCACGGAGCAGACGGUCAACUCGUAUGACAUAGCCGACGCCCUCAUCAUGGCCAAGCGUGUGCUGGCCGAGAACAUUGAGCUGUGGGGUCCGCGCCUGCACGAGAUCGAGCAACUAGCCCAGAAGCAUGCCAAGCAACCGCAUCACGUCGAUUCUGGCACCAUAUGCACCGAGGAGCUGCGGCCGGAGCAGACGGACGCCGUUGCCAGCCAGGAGCUGGCGAAGAGCAAAGCCAACAGCCAGCAAUCGGAUGGCAUGGCUACAGUGGAGUAUUCCGGCGAAGAAAAUCCAGAUACGGACAAGAAGCUGACCGUUGACCAGAUGCUGGCCUCAACAGUGAACAUGAAGAAGACCAUUAAGUCACGACUACUCACCCUGCGUCAGACUGCUAAUAGCCAGUCGAAUCUGCUGCAGAGCCCGUUCUCUCCGCAGGAGUAUCUCACCCUGCCCAUGGGCUCCAUACCCGUGGUGGUGCAUGAGAACGAUCUUAGCUCUGUGAUUGCUUACAGCCUCACCUCGCCGGAGUAUCAGCGCUCUUUGGCUGGUCUCAAUGCUGGCGACGUAGCCAGCGGCGAUGCCCAAUCGAGUCCGCAGCCAAAGCACAAGCAACUGGACAGCGAUGCGGACGAGCCAGUCGCAAGUGUUGACUCCGAGGAGCGCAUCAAGGCGAAAGCUCAGUCCCAGCCACAACCCCAGCCCCAGCCUCCCAGUGCACAUGUUACGCUCACCUUCGGGCCCAGCAGUCAGUUCCAGUGCAAGAUUUACUUUGCGCGCGAGUUUGAUGCGAUGCGCGCCAAGUGCUUGAGUCCGCCCAAGCUGGAUAGGACGCUCUAUCGCCGGCUGGAGAAGAGUAAGAUGCGCGAAGAGCUAAGAAUCUCACAGAAUCGCAACGGCUCCGACAUCGAAAUCGUCCGCAAGCCCAGUGAUGUGUCCGGCCUGCCGCUCAAAGAGCAGUUGGACGCCGAGGAGGAGUCGCGCAUUACGCUGGCGCGUAGCCUCUCCAGCAGCGUGCAAUGGGAGGCACGUGGCGGCAAAUCAGGCUCACGAUUCUGCAAGACAUUGGAUGAUCGCUUCGUACUUAAGGAGAUGGGCAAGAGGGAGAUGGCACUAUUUGAAAACUUUGCGCCGGAGUACUUUGAGUACAUAGCCAAGUGUCAGCAGCAGCAGCAACAGCCCACAUUGCUGGCCAAGAUCUUUGGCGUCUUCAAAGUCAGCAUUAAGAAGAAGGACUCCUUUGUGGAGAAGUCGUUGCUGGUUAUGGAGAAUCUGUUCUAUGGCUGUGAUAUAUCCGAUAAAUUCGACUUGAAAGGCUCUGAGCGCAAUCGCCUCGUCGAUCCCACCAAUAUGAAUGGCGAGAUUGUGCUGCUCGACGAGAAUCUAGUGCAGAUGUCCUGGUCAAAGCCGUUGUAUGUGCUGUCGCACAGCAAAACGGUGCUGCGGGAUGCCUUGCAGAGGGAUGCCUCGUUCUUGGAGCGCAAUGAGAUCAUGGACUACUCCCUGCUGGUGGGAUUGGAUGACAAGCGUAACAUGCUCGUACUGGGCAUAAUAGAUUAUAUACGCACGUUUACGCUGGACAAGAAACUGGAGUCGAUGCUGAAGCAGACCGGCCUGCUGGGCGGCGGCAUGGGCAAGCCGACCAUUGUGGCGCCGCAGCCCUAUAAGCAGCGCUUUAUUGAUGCCAUGGAUCGUUAUUUCAACAUCGUGCCGGAUCGCUGGGAGGGGCUCUCUAAGAUCUGACAACUGAAAUCUGCUGUUGAUGUCACAAUAAUUAAACCAAGCAGCAAUUCGUUAAGCUGCUCAACAAAGCA